AUGAAACGACUUUUUUUGGUUCUUUAUUUUAUCGUCUUGAUAGAGUUUGGGAAAUGUGAGUACGCUGAUGGAGCGGGUUGUAUUCACUCAGCUCAAUGUAAAACGGGAAGUGAAUGCUGUGAGAGAAGUGGUAUUUUUGAGGAUUUCGAGCCAAAGUGUCAAAAAGGUGGAUGUCGAAAAGAUCAACGCGAAAUACUCAUGUCUAAU